GGAACUACUUCCAAGAAAGUUACUAAGGAAAUGGCCUAGCACCAAGUGCAGACGCAGAUGAAUAAAGUCAGGGCACACAGCAUGUUCUUUCAGGGAUGGUUUCUGCAGAAAGUAUAGAAGAUGCAAACUUUUCUGUACUGGUAUCUAUGGUAUUAGGUUGUGGUUUAGUCUGUCUCUUCUAGAAGAGUCUGUCUCUUUGUGUCUGACCCAUUACCUCUACAUAACUAGCAGUAUCAUGAUGUCAAGGAGAUUUAAAAAAAAAAAAAAAAACCAACAUUUUUUUCUGAUCUAUUCAUUCCUAUUACUAAACAGUGAGAAGAAAAUCCUCAGUCUUGAAAGGAAAAUAGUAAAAGCACGUCAAUUUUCUUCUCUAUACAUAACUAUAAAUGUAACUAUAAACAUCUACCAAUUUGCACUAUGAUUCCGGGUUUUCCAAUGUGCAGUGCUGAAGAGCUGACAAAGAAGAAAAUAGGGAUUAUACAACUCAAAUAUAGUUUCACUUACUAAUGCUGCCCUUGAAGGGAUAUAUUUUUACACAGCCCUCAAACUUACUAUUAUUGAAGUUAAUGAAUUUGUGGUUGUUAUUAAAACUUAUAACAAUAAAGUUGCUUUCAAAUCUCAGCUGAAAUCAGGAUCUUGUGGAUUCUGACCCAAGGCAUUUAUCAAUCAGAUCAGCUGGAGGAGCAACAUUUGAGAUUAAAUGAAGGGUGGAAACCUAAUCUCUUGCAGGAUUAAAUCACAGUAGCAGCAAUAGCAAGCAAGUGCACAACUGUACAUCAACUGUAAGAAGGAUUAAUUAAAAUAUGUUCUGUAUAAGGCUUCCUGGAAGAGAAACUCGUCUUGGGGAGCCUUUUGCAAAAGACAUGACAAGUGUAGUUAAUGAAAUUACAAGUGUUUUGUUAAAAGAAUUGAAAGAAAAACCAUUUGCAUUUUUUGGUCACAGUUUUGGAACUUACACGAGUUUUGCCGUUGCACUUCAUUUGAAAGAAAAGUACGGACUGGAGCCAGUCCAUCUUUUCAUGUCAGCAGCACAUUCCCCAAAUUCUGCAGCAUAUCUUGCCGUCCAAAGCAUAGUCCUACCUGAUGGAAGCAAUGAUCUUCUUGCAAUUAUGGAGAUUCUAGGAGGAAAUUUUGAGCUCCCACUUGAUAAAGACAUUUGGAGAGAUACGGCGCUUACUUUCAAAGAAGACGCUAGACUUUUUCAGACAUUUUCAUUUGAGAAGACAGAAAUGAAUACCCCCUUCUCUUGUGAUAUUACCUACUUUUGUGGGUCUGAUGAUAAAAUAUAUGAUGCAAAAGGUUGGCGAGAAUUCACGAGUGGUGAUACUUCCUUUUAUGAGCUUCCUGGAGAUCACCUUUAUCUGCUGAAACCAUCUAAUGAAAGCUUCUUGAUAAAACACAUCACAAGAAGCAUAGAAAAUGUUCUAUGAGUAUUUCCCUCAAUUUUAAUUAGCAGAAUGUGUAAGGUUAGUCCACAGCAAUUUGUAAUAAGUCACUUCUUUCUCUACAUUGCAUCAAGUUAUGCCUCAAAGUUGUUCUGUUCCUCAUCUGUAAUUCUUUAUAAAGGGGAGUUUUCCUGAUGUUUUGAAAACAAACAUUGGCUUUGGAUCUUAAAAAAAUGUUUCAUCUUUUCCUUUCAUCUUCUUCUCUUGCACAUGUACAAACUCUUCACUUAAUUCCAUAACCUUCUUGGCAAAAAUAUUAAGUCUAUGUUAUUUUACUGUUAGAGCUUCUCUGUUUGUCUGCUCCUGUCAAAAUGCUAAAUAUAAUUUAAUACCCACAAAAAUCCAUAA